AAAGACUGCGGUCACAGGUGAUACUUUGCCAAAAAUUUGUUGAAUUGCAGCAAUCAGUCGGGUGGUGAGACAGCAGGUCCUUCAGAGAUUCACAGCGAUUUCAAACACAGUCUGCUUCUAGAAAUGUUUUCUCCUAACCCAAAACCUACUGGUGGUCCAAGUGCCAGCACACCUGCACCUGCGCCUGCACCUGCGCCUGCGCCUGCAUCUGCAUCUGCAUCUGCGAUAGCUGCAGACACUCUUUUGUCGGUACGAUCCAUCGACCUCCUGAAAUCCAAGGAUGGACAGAACCGGCGAGAGCAUCACACAGAUAGUUACUUUAGCCAAAAACUGAUCGUUCGCAGAGGACAAACAUUCCAGAUGUGGAUCGAGCUCUCGCGACCUUUUAACCCCAAAUCUGACAAACUUCAACUGGACCUGAACUUAGAUUACAUCUUUUCGAGCAUUAGGGGGAUACGAGUCACUGUUCCAUUGGUAGAUGAACUGGAAGACGGCCGCUGGGAGAUGAAAAUCGUCGAGCAGAAAGACACCAAGAUCAAACUGUCAGUCAACACCUUACCGACCGCUCCUAUUGGCCAAUAUAAGGUCUCCGUGAUGACAUACUCAUUGAAGGGUGGUUCGUCUUUCCCGUACACCGCAAACAAUGACUUCUACAUGCUGUUCAACCCCUGGUGUGAAGAUGACUCUGUGUAUUUGGAUAAUGAGGCUGAGAGGAAAGAGUAUGUUCUGAAUAAUAUGGGCAGAAUUUACUACGGAACCGAGCAACAAAUUGGAACAAGAACAUGGAACUUUGCGCAGUUUGAAGAGGGCAUUCUGGAAGCCUGUCUGUUUUUGUUGGAAAAGGGUCGGGUUGCUGUAACGGCAUGGAGAGACCCUGUGAACGUGACCAGAGUGAUAUCUGCUCUGGUUAACUCCAAUGAUGACCGUGGUGUGCUGCAAGGUAAUUGGUCAGACAGCUAUGAGGGCGGGACUUCUCCCACAGCCUGGAGUGGGAGUGGUGACAUCCUGAGACAGUACUACAAAAGUUCAGGAACACCUGUCAAAUUCGCCCAGUGCUGGGUCUAUGCUGGAGUCACUAACUCGGUGUUAAGAUGUCUUGGAAUUCCUACCCGUUGUGUGACCAACUUCAACUCAGCUCACGACACAGAUCUUUCCUUGACCACAGACAUUUAUAUUGAUGAGAAUCUGAAACUCAUUGAAGAACUUAACAAUGAUUCUGUCUGGAACUUCCAUGUGUGGAACGAGUCCUGGAUGUCCCGUCCAGAUCUCCCAGCAGGUUAUGGGGGUUGGCAGGUUGUGGACGCAACCCCACAGGAGCAAAGCAAGGGAUUCUACCGCUGUGGCCCGAGCUCUGUCACCGCUGUCCGAAACGGACAAGUCAACCUGACGUACGACACUCCAUUCGUCUUUGCUGAAGUGAAUAGUGAUAAAAUCUACUGGCAGCGGAAAGCAGAUGGAAGUUUCAUUCAACUCAAAAUGGAGAAGAAUUCCAUUGGCCAGCGCAUCAGUACUAAAGCAGUGGGCUCGGACCAACGUAUCGAGAUCACAAACCUCUACAAAUACCCAGAGGGUUCAGAGGAGGAGCGUAUGGCUGUGGAAACCGCCAGUCAUUACGGCUCCAAGCCGACAGUGUAUCCCUCUCCCACCGCCAAUGAUGUGACCAUUGAAAUCGUAAUGGAGGGGACGGGACCUCGUAUUGGUGGUGAUGCCAAACUGUCCAUCGUUCUGAAGAACCAAAGUUCAGUGCAGCGCACUACAACUCUCUUCUGUGAGGUGGCGGUCAUGUACUACACUGGCGUUCUGAAAGCUACUGUAAAGAAGGAGCAAAUUCCUGUUGUCCUCAAACCGCAAGAAGUCAAGACCAUUCCUUGGACACUGCAGUAUCGGGAGUACAUAGACCAGCUGGUGGACCAGGGCGCUCUGAUGCUCACAGUCACUGGACGGGUCAAUCAGACCAGACAGAUUCUGGCCACCCAGUUCAACUUCAGAUUGCGCACACCAGAUCUUACCCUAACUGCUCUAGGGGAUGCUGUGGUGGGUAAAGAGUUGACAGUCAAGAUCACUUUCCAGAAUCCACUGCCACAAGUGUUGAAGAACGUUUUGUUUCGUAUAGAGGGACUGGGAAUGCAGAGCAUCAGAAAGAUUACAUAUGGUGAUGUGAAAAAGCUUGAAACAGUUACAUUGAUGGAGAAGUUUAUUCCCAUGUUUCCUGGCGCUCAGAAACUCCUCGCUUCGAUGGACUGUCGUCAACUCACUCAAGUGCACGGAGUCACAGAUAUUGUAGUCAAACCAAAGUAAAAAAAAAAAACACUAUAAUUUUAAAACCUUGUUAAACAUUUUGAAGAACAUUACGUAGAUUGAAGGAUAAUGAUAAUCUACAGAUAAACAACAGUUUUCAGCA